GAUGGUGGCUGAGGUUGUUCAAGGAUCUUCUUCUGCAUCUCUGUGGGGCCAGCACAUGCAUGCACAUGGCCAGAUUCCUGCCACGGGCUGCUGUGCGGCUGUGACUGGGUCAAAAGACAUUUUAUGGGGCACCCUCAGAUCUUUGAACCCCAGCUGAUCCAUUGCCAGCCUCAUUCAAGAUGCCACCGGCCAUCGGAGGCCCUGUGGGAUACACUCCUCCUGAAGGAGGCUGGGGAUGGGCUGUGGUCAUCGGAGCCUUCAUCUCCAUUGGAUUUUCCUAUGCCUUCCCCAAAUCCAUCACUGUGUUCUUCAAAGAGAUUGAGGUCAUCUUCAACGCAUCUAGCAGCAAAGUCUCAUGGAUCUCCUCUAUCAUGCUGGCUGUUAUGUAUGCAGGAGGUCCCAUCAGCAGCAUCCUGGUGAACAAGUACGGCAGCAGGCCCAUCAUGAUCGUGGGUGGGUGCCUCUCGGGGUGUGGUUUGAUUGCAGCCUCUUUCUGCAACACCGUGGAGGAGCUCUACUUCUGUGUGGGGGUCGUUGGGGGCCUUGGACUUGCCUUUAACCUGAACCCUGCCUUAACCAUGAUUGGCAAGUAUUUCUUCAAGAAGCGUCCCCUGGCGAAUGGACUGGCUAUGGCAGGCAGCCCCGUGUUCCUGUCCACCUUGGCACCUGUGAACCAGCUCUUCUUUGGCAUAUUUGGCUGGCGAGGGAGCUUCCUCAUCCUCGGUGGUCUCCUGCUGAACUGCUGCGUUGCUGGAUCCCUCAUGCGGCCCAUUGGUCCCAAGCCAGACCAGCUGAAAAAAGAGCCCACUAAAGAGGUAUUGCAGGAAGCUGGGAAAGCAGUGAAAAAAGGUGAUGGCGAUACCAGCACAGACCUCAUCGGUGGGAAGACAAAGAAACAGAAGAGCACGCUUUUCCAGACGAUCAACAAGUUCUUGGAUCUGUCCCUCUUCACACACAGAGGCUUCCUGCUCUAUCUCUCAGGCAACGUGAUCAUGUUCUUUGGGCUGUUCACUCCCUUGGUCUUCCUCAGCAAUUAUGCAAAGAGCAAGAAGAUUGCCAGCGAGUCUGCAGCCUUCUUGUUGUCCAUCCUGGCCUUCGUAGACAUGGUAGCCAGACCUUCCAUGGGACUGGUGGCAAACACCAAGUGGAUCCGACCAAGAAUCCAGUAUUUCUUUGCCAUCUCUGUGAUUUACAAUGGGGUGUGCCACCUCUUGGCCCCCAUGUCCACCACCUACGCUGGGUUCUGCAUUUAUGCUGGUUUCUUUGGCUUUGCCUUCGGCUGGCUUAGCUCGGUGCUGUUUGAAACCCUGAUGGACCUGGUGGGAGCGCAGAGGUUCUCCAGUGCUGUUGGCCUUGUGACCAUCGUGGAGUGCUGCCCCGUGCUUCUGGGACCCCCCCUGCUCGGUAAGCUCAACGACAUGUAUGGUGACUACAAGUACACAUACUGGGCCUGUGGGAUCAUCCUCAUCAUCGCUGGGAUCUACCUCUUCAUUGGGAUGGGCAUCAACUACCGCCUGGUGGCAAAGGAGCAGAAGGCGGCGGAGGAGAAGACGAAGAACGAAGGGAAAGAGGAGGAGACCAACAUCGAUGAGGCUGAGAAACAGAAAGAAGCAAACAACGACGUGGCUACCUUGCCUCAGAAGAGCACAGAGGAUGGUGUCAAAGAGGAGGAAAGCCACAUGUGAGGGACUGGUUUUAAUCCCAGUGUGUCGGGGGAAGCGCCGCUGUCCUGAAGCAGCGUCUGGGGAAAUGUUCUGCUCGUGUUGGGCGGCUGUGAGAAGUGUAUAAACCAGGUGUUCACUUUUAAGCAGGCUCUGAAUUGUCUUUCCAUCUGUGUUCAAAGGUAACAGAGCUACAUGCGCAGUAUCCUCGCAUGUUUGGGGUGGGGGUGGGGGAAGGGAUGACUUUUUAUAUUCUGGCUUUUUAACAGUAACACGAUUGUACUAAUAUGUGCCUUACAGUCUUCAAAUCUAGCUGAAUCUGAAUGAGCCUUAACUCUACUCUAAGCCGUGCUUUAGCUCUGUAUUCUUGGGGUUUGAUGUGUGUGCGUUCGUGUGCAUCUUUGAGAGUUCUGUUGAUAUAAGCCAUAAACAGCAGGAUACUGGGUUUGUUGGAGCACGAUAGGUGUCAGGGCUGAGCCCCAGAUGAACCCUGCUUCACACGCUUCUUAUUGCAGACACUGGGCAUGGAGGCAGUGGGUCUUCAGCUUCCAUGCCAGAUGCCUCCUGGCUCUGUUAGGUGGUCUUCAGGCAUGAUUUGAAAACUUUUUAGCUACUGUAGUUCUUUACAAUUCUUCCUUUUUUGUAGUUUUGGUUCUCAUGGGAUAAGCAGGUUGGAGAAGGAUGGCUGCAGUUCAUAUCAGGCAGCGUCUCCUGUCGCCCACUCUGGGCCUGAGCAAAUCCUCCCUUAGCAAGGCAUCACCUGGGUGCUGGGGUCUGUGCCCACGGGUGGGGAACCUGGCUCUGCUGAGGCAGGAACUCUUCUCAGUGUAAUAAGAUGUAAUAGGAAAUGUGUAUGAGUGGAGCUCAGCUGGCACCGCAGCAGGGCUUGGAGCAGGUGACAUCCCUUGGCCUCUCCACAACAGAUCCAGGACAGGCUUCUACCUGGAGGACAGCAGCCCAGCAUCUUAUCCAGCUGAGACAAGUGGGUUUGGGUGCUCAAUGCUUUACAGACUGAAGGGGCCGGGUGGACCAGACUGUUGUAGAUGCAUCCCUGAGACAGGCAUUCUGCUUUUCCUCUUUUAUCUCUUAGAAAAACCUCUUUUAUUUGCGUCUGUUCAACUUAAGAUCUUAAGGUGAUGGAUGCCUUACCGCUCUCAUUUAGGACAUGUAAAGGGGAGGAAAGAAUUUGUAAGUAUUUAUUUUUUAUUUUUUAGUGUUGGAAAAUAUCUCAAUGUACGUGGAGCAGGUUCGUGGCUCUCAAGUUAUAGUACACAUUGAUCAGAAACCUUGUGAGAGGCUAUUUUUUUCAAAUAAACUUUUUUUUUU